AUGGGGGGCAGCCAGGCCCCCAGGGUCGCAGACAAGAAAGGGAUCGUCUGGGGCGCGCCCCAGCCGGGCCUUGGAGCUGGCGGAAGCAGAGGGGGCGCCAGGCGGCGGGAAGAAGAGGCCAUGGGCGCGCAGGCCGGGGCGCUGCUGCUCGCGCAACUGUUGGUGCGGGUCGAAAUCGCGAGGGACCUGUUGCUUCCAGCUCAGCCUGGUGUCCAUCUGUCCAUCCCAGGGCCAUGUGGCCAACGGACUGUCCCGACACGCAUAGUGGGUGGAAAGGACGCAGAGCUUGGGCGCUGGCCGCGGCAGGGCAGCCUGCGCCUAUGGGGCUCCCACUACUGCGGAGCAAGCCUGCUCAACCGCCGCUGGGUGCUCUCGGCCGCGCACUGCUUCCAAAACAACAGAGAUCCCUAUGAAUGAUCGGUCCAGUUUGGCGAGCUGUCUGUCACACGACCCAUUUGCCGCCUGCGGGCCUACCUCCGUCGUUACACGGUGAAGUAUUCGCAGGACGACAUCUCCCUACUGAAGCUGCCCUCCUCAGUCACCUUCAAUAAGCACAUUCAGCCCGUCUGUGUCCUGUCCUCCUCCUCUGAGUUUAAGAACCUGGAUGACUGCUGGGUGACUGGCUAAGGUUGUAUUUCUCUCUCCCACCCUCAACCCCUGACAGAUCUGCCACGUCCCUACAAUCUUCAGGAAGUGCAAGUCUCCAUCAUAAACAAAUCCAGGUGUUCCUACCUGUUCCAUCAGCCUGAUUACUGCAGUCACAGCAGUAAUAAUAUGAUUUGUGCUGGCUCUGAGGAUGGCAACACUGACACCUGCAAAGGUGACCCAGGCGGACCCUGGCUGUGGAUUCCACCCAGGCUGUGGAUUCAGAUUGGAAUUGUGAGCUGGGGAGUGGGCUGUGGUAGGCGCAACCAGGCCAGCAUCUACACUAAUGUCAGUAGUUACUUCAACUGGAUCCAGAUGCUGGUGGGCCGCAGCACACCCAGGCUGGACCCCUCUCAGUUGCUGCUGCCCCUUGCUCUGCUCUGGGCUCCCUGA